UUUGUGGUUCCGAUUUUUAUGAGCAACUGAGAUGAUUUUAAGAUGACCACACCCUUAAAAGCUUGUCAGGAGAUCAGUUCCUCUAGAUCUUAACAUUUUAAAACUAACAUAGGAAGCUGAGAUUGCACCUGUAUAAUAACAAAUGUCUCUAUAGAUUACAUGCCAAACUUCAUGUUUGAACUGUCAACGGUUCAUCUUUUACAGCCACUAGAAUGGAGCGAAUUGCUAUAUUACAGACAGUUUGAUUAAUAGCCAAAUACGUGAUUUGUUGAAUAAAGGUUUUUGUAGACUGCUUUCUUAUUAGCUGAAAGAUGCGAAACUUGGCACAAUUAUUAACUGUUUUAAGAUCAGGAAGUGUGUUAAGUUUGAUUUUUCUCAGUUAAUAAAAAUAGUCGGUUAUGGAAACUUUAAGCAGCCCACCCCUAAUCCACCGCUAAUUACGACCCUGACGACCUUACUUCAAACCAGGAACGAAAAAAUAAUAAGUGAUUGUAUAUAAAAGUUAAAAAUAGGCAUGUGGCUUAUAGAGAACUGCAACUUGAUACAUGUUCAAUUUUACUUUCUUACAAUAGCUAAAAGUGAUUUAAAGACAUUACCAAUUGCACGUUAAUUGACCCUCUAAUUUCUUCCGACGGGAUAACAAGGGUGUGGUCAACUUGAACUCAGCUCAGUCACUCAGAAAAAUCUUAAAAACAAAUUGAGAUAUGUCAAUCUCAAGAGGACAUAUUCUUGUAUCUUUGUGCCAAAUUUCAACUCAUUCGAUGAAAAAAUGAGCCUGUUAUAAAACCAGUGGCAUUACUUUUUGAACCGCCCUCGUAUUUGUUUGUUUGCUGUGGAUCCUUACUGUAGUCAUAAAUGCCAAAAUAAAGUGAGGACCAUGUCCCACCACAUAUGGGGGUCCUGGCCCAUCUGGUUUAUGUACCAAUUUAAACGCACGUAACGUUCUGGAGACAUACCACCGGAAAUACAACAAACACACACACUUGUAACAUUGCCUCCAUCUUAUAAAAGAGAUAAAACACGUUACGGACAGGUGCUACAUAAGCUUCAGCUAGUGUACAAGACACUUCAACUGCACAUACACAGCCUUAGCCUCUGUGAAAACAUGACGCCAUUGCCAUAUUCAUGUAAUAUUGCGUGUGUCCUAGGGGUAAGGUGUGCAGAACUUCACGUUUUUUGUGACAUCUAACGUUAUUCGGUGCCAGUUCCUCCUCUUAAUCACAAGUUUCACACGGAAAUGGUCAUCGUUGGGCACGAAAUGGCGACUAUUUUGUUUUCGGGGUCCUCUCCGCGGAACAACUUUCCCGGAGCGAUACAGCAAGCAGACAGUGCACCCACUGUCAUUCGAAAAGUUGUUCCAUAACACGUAUACAAAAAUCCUUGUGUUCUAGACUAGCAACGGAGUUCGACGUACCUUGUUUACAGUUGCGACUAGCCGUUCGAAGAGACGGACGUACACAUUUCAGUUCCUCUGGUACUCUGCUCUGGUCCUAAGUUCAGACUCCUGACGAUAUGUCCAGAAGACGCGGCAGACGGAGACACGGGCGGUCACCUUUCCGUCCUAUGUUCCCUCAGGCACAAAAGCUGGCAAGAACGCGUACGAUGGACGUCAGCGGUACCUGAAGAUAGCUGUGGUUUCCGCGAUGCUACUCUUUGCUGUGACAGCGGUAGCUGCUGUGACUAUGACAGCACACUUCAACACCGACGUGGAAGCGACUUCCACCAACCUUCCCGAGGAUCCCCCGUACCGAAGCUGGGGAGACAACCGAGCAGAUGAACCCGACGGUCUCUCCGGGCAGAGCGGAUGGGAAAGUGUCCGGGUGAAGCGCGACUUUGCUGUAGACGACUCUCAACAUUAUGGCGUUCCCGACAGCAUGACCUCGACUGAUGCCCCUCCAUUGUUGGAUGCCCCAACGAUGUUGGAUCCCGAGUCCACGACCCGUCCGACAGGUGACAUGAAGAAUGCCAAAGUUCCUGACCAGACGGAGACUCUCAAGUCUGAGGGCUGGAAAAGUUUCCGUGUUGAGGAGUUUUCCACGGGUGACGUUGACAGUCACACUCAGGUCCAAACGGUCCGGCCACAGCUUUCAGAUGAAGAGUGGGAUGGAUACGAGGGCUGGAGCUUCACGGCCGAAGAUACUAGUAACGGCAGCACCGGUACCGUCAGGGUUCGCCGCCGUGCGUCAAAGAUCCCCGACGACUCCUCUCCAGAGACCAACGACAGCCCCGCCCCUAACAUGACCCAGCUUGAGCUCAAACCGAACACUUCACUUGAGAGGAAAGCCAGCGGUGACAUCGACAACACGGGCACUACCGCUAUGGAGAAUGUACGAAUGAUGAACACUACAAAUUUGAAUCUGUGCGUGCUGACCGACCGUAUGAAGAGCCGCGAGAGAAAGCACUUGAGCCAUGAAACGUAUCAAGAAGGCCCGAGCUAUCGUGCUGGUCGUGGUUGGUGUCCUGAUAGCGGGAGUACACGUUCCUGACGUAAAUUCCUCUGUGAAAACAGCCUUGACUUGUUCCAAACUUUGCUUAUGAGGUGCUACAUGUGAAAUAACACUUCUCACAACUAAAAGUACGGAUUAUAUUCUCCAAAUGUUACCGGUGCUAAAUCUAUGAUCCGAUUGUACAAAAACUCACAGCUCUUGAAUUACCAUAGAUGACAUUUACUUGCAUGCACGGAUCCUUCUGGACUAUGUCUAACCUCUAUGUUACAUGGUGAUCUUUUGUAGUAUUUGUCCCCAACACUGAUGAAAAUAAAAACAGGACAGCCUUGGUGGGAGACAGGUGUCUCUUACCUUUCCACGGAACCCAGUAUCGUAAUCUCGGCUGAUGUUUCGUAAUGUUUUUGUUUGUGUGCAUGCGUGUGUGUGCAUGUGCAUGAUGUUCAGCAUGAAGGGCGAGUAUAGUUUUCUGUGUGUUGACCUUGAUCAGCACCAAGCACCAAGGACAGGUAUGUUUGCCCUGUGUGUGGAUGCUGUUCAGCACCAAGGACAGGUUUGAUUGUAUGUGAUGAUGGUGUUCAGAACCAGCGACAGAUAUGUUUCUCUAUGUAUGUGGAUCUUGUUCAGCACCAAGGACAGGUAUGUGGAAGGCGUUCAGCACCAUUACAUGUGUGUGUAUGUGUUGAUUACCAAGAUGUUCCCCAGCCACUCACUACCUGUUUCAAAUUAUUUUUGCAUAGAAGUUGAGCUUAAGUUUAUCAUCCUCUCUAUCAUUUAGGUGUGGUAGGAGGUUCAUGGUUCGACCACCAAGGUGGUGGGUUCAACUACCAGUGUCUGCCGACCAACCCACAGUGGGGAAUGUACCAAGAUGGUGUCAAAGGGAACAAGCUUACAUGUGGGGGGCUGAGUUUGAGUUGACCACAAACGGCUCCACCUCCCUUAACAACGAAAAGGCCAAGUGUGCGGUGUGCUACGUCCCAACCCGCGGCAGUAAAUUGAUGAUCCCCGCCCGUAACACCUGCCCCACCGGCU